AAAAGAAGAGUUGAAAGCCGCCCGCUUCACCCGACCCAACCCAACCCUCAGCACAAAAGAGGGUUUGCGUUUCUGCCGCGAAUUUCGAGAUUUGUUUGUGGUGCGUUCAGAAUCUACACGGCUCCAGACGGGAGAUGGAAGGAAGACGCCGCCUCUUUGACCGUCCAGAAUUCCGAACAAGUUUUAUAUCAGUGUAAGUGGAAGAUUGGCCCACAGCACAGAAGCUGGAGCAGUUAUGAGGAUUUCGAGAGCGGAGAAUGGGCACAACGCCAUCGGGUCUCCCAAAUACUCCAGCGGCGCCAAGAAGAAGUGGUCGAAUUGGCUGCCGAUAUUCGUAGCCUUUGUGUUCAUAGCAGAGAUAGCCUUUCUGGGUCGACUUGACGUGACCAAGAAUGUCGACCUGGUCAACUCGUGGGCUCACUCGUUCUACCAGUUCACCGCCAUGCCCUGGUCAUCCACCUCCGCGCACGGCGGCGAUGACCGUGGUUAUUCCGGUGCCCGUUAUCGCCGCUUCGGAUAUGAGAGCUGCGAAGAUUGGUUGGAGAGGGUGGACGCCGUGACUUAUACGAGGAACUUCGAGAAAGACCCAAUUCUCCUCCGCGCUGAACGCCAGGAAUUAGCAUAUUGUGCUGUGGGAUGCAUAAUUGAGAGCAAGCCCAAUAAACAGCCUGAUGCAGUAUUUGGAUUGGUGACUAAAGAGCCUGAUACAACUAGGGUUCUGCGAUCAAUGGAGUCAGCAAAGUACUAUUCUGAUAAUAACAUUGCCAGUGCAAAAAGGAGGGGAUUUGAAGUUGUUAUGACAACGAGCCUCUCUUCAGAUGUUCCUGUUGGGUAUUUCUCUUGGGCUGAGUAUGACCUAAUGGCGCCAUUGCAACCGAAAACAGAGAAGGCUUUGGCAGCUGCUUUCAUUUCCAAUUGUGGUGCACGCAAUUUCAGGUUGCCAGCUCUUGAAGCACUUGAAAGCGCAAACGUCAGUAUUCAUUCUUAUGGCAGGUGCCAUCAUAACAAGGAUGGAAAUGUGAACAAAGUGGAAGCACUGAAGCGGUACAAAUUUAGCUUGGCUUUUGAAAAUUCCAAUGAGGAGGAUUAUGUGACAGAAAAAUUCUUCCAGUCUCUUGUUGCUGGUACUAUUCCUGUGGUAGUCGGUGCUCCGAACAUCCAAGAUUUUGCUCCUUCUCCAGGUUCAGUGUUACAUAUUAAAGAGCUAUCAGAUGCAGAAAAAGUUGCAAAGACCAUGAAGUAUCUUGAUGAAAAUCCCAGUGCAUAUAAUCAGUCACUUAGGUGGAAGUUUGAGGGUCCAUCUGUUUCUUUCAAGGCUCUCAUUGAUAUGGCAGCAGUUCAUUCAUCAUGUCGAUUGUGCAUUCAUUUGGCAACAAGAAUUCGAGAGAGAGAAGAGAAGAGCCCAACUUUUAGUAAGCGUCCUUGCAAAUGUACCAGAGGUUCAGAAACUGUUUAUCAUGUAUAUGUACGUGAAAGAGGGAGGUUUGAGAUGGAGUCCAUUUUCUUGAGGUCUAGUAACUUGACAAUGGAGGCCUUUGAAUCCGCGGUUUCAUUGAAGUUCAAGUCUCAAAAACAUGUCCCGAUUUGGAAAGAAGAAAGACCCAAAUUGAUAAGGGGAGGGGAUGAGCUCACAAUUUACAGAAUAUAUCCUCUUGGAAUGACUCAAAGACAGGCAUUGUAUAGUUUCAAAUUUGAAGGGGAUAAUCAGUUUAGGGAAUAUAUAGAAAGCAACUUGUGUGCUAAGUUUGAAGUCAUUUUUGUAUAGAUUAGCUUCAAAAUCUUCUGCCUCAUCCUCAUGGCUGAUCUCAUCUACAAGGGAGAAAAAGCCGAUAUUUUCCCCAAAUCUUUCAUAUGCCAUUGUAAAAAGCACGGGCUUUAUUUUACUUUAGCUCCUUCAACUAUAACAAUAUUUUUACAUUUUGUUCUUAACUUUGUUUAAUCUUGAUGUUUAAAAAGUGUUCUAUUUUUA